AUGUACAAACAAAGAGAAAUACCGCACUAUAUACCUCCACGGAUCGAAAAUGGUCAAACUAAUGAGGCAACCCCUUCAAGGGCGAAUCCGGCAACAGAUGACACCGAUGAAAGGACGGACCCUCCUCUCACCGGGCAAUCUCCACAUAAACAACCGGAAGUCUCCGAACCGGGUGUUACUGAAGAAAGGGUCAAGAUCCUUAUCCAAGAGUUUGCAGACUCCGCGGCUCAACGCCUCGAAGAAAAGAUGCAGAGAACCGUUAGCUCGGCACUCAAGUUCGCCAACAAGACGAGGCAACUUUUGUUAAGAACAGAUGACCGGUUCUCAGAAAUCGAAGAUGAUCAACAAAAAGAAGCGGUUCUGCACAGCAACCACCUUAGGCGAACCGUAAUUUUGGAGGAUACGACCUCCAAGAUAAAAGAGAACUUUGACCGGCUUGAAAGAGAGACCGAUGAAAGACUGACAGAGGUUAUUAAGGAUCUGGUCGACACAACACUUGAUAGGGUCUCCGAUCUUGAAAAGAAGAAUGCGGGUCUCGAGGACGAACUCAAGGCGCUUUCCGCACAAGUUGCUGAACUACUCAAAGCAAAAAUAAAUGCGGAUGCCGCGGCUGAUCCACCGCAACUUACCGAAGAGGAAGAAGCCGAGCGAGUACGAAGGACAGAGGCUAAGUUCCCGGGAUUUGCAAAGUCGGUAGCCGCUCAAGCUGCGAAGGAUGCAGAACGGUUAGAAAGGGAAAGACAGAGGCUAGAAGACUUUGCAGCCGCUAACGAGAAGAAAAAGGCAGCCUCUUCCGCUUCGAUUCCGGCAAAGCGGAAAAGAAAACCAUCUAAGAAGGACCUAGUAACCGGACUGCUGAACGAGGUCACUGAAACGGUUAUUGAGGGUUUACCGGAUCAGGCUGCUCACAUCGAAGAAGAGGAUGACGAGCACCUACAGCCCCGGUCUACAAGACAGCAAGUUUCCGAAUCGGCCAGUCGACCGCAACCAGUAAAGAAAAAGCGGAACAAGAAUCUGAUGGCCAGCUAUGACUUCUCGGACUCGGAAUAG